GGGGUCCUCGGUCCGCGGGGGGGGAGGGGGUGUAAAGGAGCCGAGGGAGAUCCCACCCCCCAAAUGUGUGGGUGCCCCAGGAUGGCAGGAGGGGUGCUGGAGGUGCAGGGGGUCCCCCCCGACGCCCCGGAGGAGCUGCUGGUCCUGUACUUCGAGAGCCGGCGGCGUUCGGGGGGGGGCCCUGUGCAGAGCUGCCAGCGCCUUGGCCCCCUCCUCUUCCUCACCUUCGAGGACCCCCAGGAUGCACAGAAUGUGUUGGCCCACGGCAGCCACAGGUUGGGGGGGGCCGAGCUGGAGGUGCGCCCGGCCCCCCCCUGGGACCCCACCCACCUGCUGCUGCAUGGCCUCGAUCCCCGGACCACCCCCGAGCACCUGGACUUACCCCUGGAGACCCUACUGGGGGUCCCCCCCGGCACUGUCACCCAGUGCCAGGGCCCUGCGCCCGGCUGGGGCCUGCUGCGCCUGCGGGACCCCCUCGCCCCCCCAGAGCUGGCGUCGGCGGAGCAGCGGGCGCGGCAGCAGGGGCUGGCGCUGCUGCGGGUGCCGCGGAGCCCCGCGGUGCUGGUGCGGGCGGCGGCGGCGCCGGCGCUGAGCCAGGACCUGCUCGAGCUCUACUUUGAGAACCGGCGCAGCGGCGGCGGCUGCGUGAGGGACGUGCGGCUGCUGCCAGCUGGGCGCGGGGCCGUCGUCACCUUCCAGGAGCCAGCAGCCGCAGAGCGGGUGCUGCAGAGGCCACACCGGCUGCAGGACGUGGUGCUGGAGCUCAUCCCCCACUACCCCUUCCUGGAGCCGCCGGAGGAGAGCACGGACCUGCCCCUGGACACAGUCCCCCCUCUGGACAGGGCCCCUCCUCCUGACACGGAGCCCCUGCUGGUCAUGGACCCCUUGCUGGACGUGGAGUGCCCUCUGGACACAGACCCAUGCUCGGACACAGAUGCCCCUGUAGCAGACACGAACCCCACACCGGACAGAGCUGCCGCAGUCCCAGCGCCGGCAGCACCAACAUCACACCCGGUGCCGGAGCAGCCGUCACCCGCCGUCCCUGGCGGGAACAAGGACACAGAGGGGUUCAAUGCCGUGCCCAGCCAGGCCCAGUGCCCGGGGCCUGUGUCGGUGGUGGUCCCGGAGGCGGUGUCGGCGGUGCUGGCGCAGGAUGAGGCGCUGGUGCCAGCAGAGCCGGGAGCUGUGCGGUACCUGCAGCAGCACUACCAGGACGUGCUCGACAGCAUCCCUGAAGUGUCCCUGCUGCCACUGGAGGGGGGGGACAUCUCUGGGUUCCGGGUGAGUGGGGAGCCAGGCCGGUGCCAGGCAGUGGUGGAUUUCCUGCGGAGCCUGCUGGACUCGGUGACCUCGCACCCCACAACCCUGCACUUCCCUGGCAUUGCCCGCUUCCUGCGGGACCCAGCUGGGCAGAGCCUCCUCCGGCAGGUGGAGAGCCGCUUCCAGUGCAUCAUCCAGCUGGACGGUAAACCCUGGAGCCCUCCAGAUCCCCAGCCGGAGCUGGAGGAGCUGCUGCCCCUGAGCAGCCACUGCGACUCCUGGCACCAGGACCUGCCUGAGGACAGCAAUGCCACCGCUGACAAUGGUGAUGAUGGUGACAAUGCCUUUCACUCCAACGUAGAGGAGAUCAAGGAGGUGCUGGCAGCGCUGCACCCCAGCGAAGACGACGACUGUGAGAACCCCAGCCUGUGGCCUGACACUGUCCCCGGCACCGAGUGGGACCCCGACGCAGAGUUCCCCAGUGUGGCCGGUGGGGAGGGUGCCAGGGAGCUGCUGUCGGACACCAGGGUGGAGGAGGAGGUGCAGAUGGCCCUGGCCAUCCAGUACUCCAUGGAGAGCACGCGGUGCGAGGAGGUGGAGCUGGCGCGUGCCACCGCUCUGUCCCUGCGCUCCUACUGCCGGGAGCAGGAGCAGGCUGAGGAGGAUGCCGGGCUCCUGGCUGCACUGGAGGCCUCGCUGGAGGAGGCGCUGCUGGCGGCAGAUGUGGCGCAGGUGACGGUGUUCUGCUCCUUUGAGCAGGAUGUGUCGGCGGUGCGGCAGGAGCUGGACUGGGUGCUGGUGGGACAGCUGCGGGCACAGGAGGUGGUGAGCGAGCGGCUGCGGGCGCUGCCGGCCACCGGCCACUGCGCGCUGGCCUUGCUGCGGCGCCGGCACGCCGUGCACCUCAGCCUGUGCGGUGACACCGCCACACUGCGCGGCUUCGCCAAGUACACGGCCCCUGCCGCCCAAGACCUCGUGUCGAUGCUCCAGCGCCCGCUACCACCGGGGCAUGGUGCCACCGCUGUCACCACUGCCACCGCUGUCACCGCUGCCACUGCUGCCACCGCUGCCACCACUGCCGCUGCGCGUUGGGUGCGCUGGGACCCCUCUGGCACCGCUGUCCCCUACGCCCCCGAGGCAGUGGCGCAGCUGGAGCAGGCCUGGUUGCGUCGGGAGCGCAAGCUGGAUCUGGUGCUGGAUGGGCGGCCCUUCACCGUGGAUUUGGAGCGCAUGGAGGAGUUCAACAUUGGCAGUGCCCUCGCCGUGCCCAUCUGCCGCAGCCAGCCCCCGCUCGAGAGCACCUCCUGCCUGCUUGAGACGGAGGUGGCUGGGCUGGAGGAGGAGGUGCGGCUGCUGGCCCUGGCUGAGGACUCGGAGGAGUUCGCUGACGCCGUGCACCAUUUCUACGGGACACUGGAGGAGCUGCACAGCCAGAUCAGCAUCGUGCAGCAGGUGCAGAAGCUGAUCCAUCCAGUGCUGUACAAGCAGUACCAGCUGAAGAAGGGCAGUGUGAAGCGUGCCUGUGCUGCUGGCACUGUCGUGGAGCGCAUCCUCUUCCAUGGCACCACCAAGGCCUCCAGCCGCGAGAUCUGCGUGCACGGCUUCAACCGCAGCUUCUGCGGGAAGAACGCCACGCUCUACGGCCUCGGCGUGUACUUUGCGGCGCGCGCGGCCAUCUCGGCACGGGACCGGUACUCGCCACCCAGCGCCAAGGGCACCAAGUUCAUCUUCGUGGCCAAGGUGCUGACCGGGGAGUUCACGGCUGGGCAGCCGGGGCUGCGGGCACCCCCGCUGCGGGAGGGGUCCGGGGCCCACCAGCGCUACCACAGCGUCGUGGAUGACCCCCGGCAGCCUGACAUCUUCGUCAUCUUCAACGACACCCAGGCCUACCCCCAGUACCUCAUCACCUGCCGCUGCCGCCGCCGCCGCCAUGGGGCCCCCCCUGACCCCCCCGGCAGCCGCUCUGGUUCAAGGACUCCCCCUUAGCCCCCAGAGCCUCCUGGCACUGGUGCCACUGCAGGGGUUACGGUGUCCAGGGGCUCAAGGGGGCCCUGCCAUGGGGACUUGGUGUGCAGGGAGGUUCCUGCCCUGCCCAGGAGCUUGGAGUGGGGGGAUCCUCACUUGGGGACGUGCCUGGGCACCCUUGUGCCAGGGCAGGAGGUGGACAGGAGGACUUGGGGUCACCAGUGUGACACCGGUGAAAUUUGUAAUAAAACUGCAAAUAAAAUUGGGAACAAA